AUGAUGUCACCCAAUUUGCCCACCAAUUCAAGGGAGUCCACCACCACCACCAUCAUCAUCGCAUCAACAAAUUCAACCGGUUCUUCAGCCAACUUGACUACAAAUUCAUCAGAUUCAACGGCCAAUUUGACAACAAACUCUUCAGAGUCAACAAACUCUACCAAUUCACACCAUUCAACCCAUUCAACAAAUUCCACACCAACUACCAAUACACCAGCAACGUCAACUUCAACUAGUGAUGAUUCAGAGAGUGUGGAUUCCGAAGUUAAAGAAUUGAUUAAAGGUCGUGAAAGUUUGACCUUUGGACCAGAAGCGUUAACAAGUAUGGCUAAGGGGCUGCAACAACAGCAGCAGAAACGACAACAACAACAACAUGGUGGUGAUGGUAAAGCUUCCAGUGUUGAUUUGACAGUGUCGUCAUCGUCAAAUAUGCUGUCAAUGAGCCAUGGGCAUGGACAUGCACCACCAAUGCCUUAUCAUUAUGGCAACUAUAUCCGACUAACUGAUCAACAAGGCAAUAUAUUCAUUUUGCAUCCAAACGGAUACGCAACCCCAGUGAGACAAAUUACUGGACAUAUAGGGGGAAGUGGGUAUACUAAUAUGUUGACGCAACAACUCUAUGCUCAAAAUUCAAUUCGGAGUUUUGCAGCAAUACCGGCACCGCCGCCCAUGUCUUGCAAUCAACCGCCAUCACAAAUGCCACCACAAAUACCACCACAAAUGCCAACAUCCUUAUCAUCACAAAUAAAUUCCCAUGGUGUCAGUGCUAAUACCAAUGGUGGGUAUGUAUCUUCAUCAAAUGCAACAAUGAUGAUGACAUCAUCCAAUACAGCAAACACAAAAGAACCGUCCUCUGAUGUUGGAGCCCAUUCUGCUGGUGUUACCGCUUUCCCAAUAUUCCCAUAUCCCCCUCAGCCAGGUUUGACAAUGACCCCUUCAACAACAUCAUCCUUGACACGGUCACCAUACAGAAAGAAUUUCCGAAAAUUUAGACAUUUGGGAAGCCAUAGUUCUAGGCGCGGUGGUGGUGGAGGAGGAGGAGGGGAUGUCGGUUCAAAUGGACGGCAUUCCAAUUUACACGAGGUGCAAACUUCGAUUUUAACAUUGGCGCAAUUUUGUGGUGAUUUGGAUUUGGGCACCACGAAUCGGUUUGGAAACUUGGAUUCAACUUCAAUUAUUAUCAAUCUGAGUAGUGCCAAUAUCAGUUCGAGAUCUAGUUUUAGGAGUGUUUUGCAUCUAAAGCCAAAAUAA